GUCGAAGAAAGGGGCGCACCCCCUGCCGGAGGAAGCGCCGCUGAGCCCGCCGGGCGCCGCGCCUCCUUUCCGCUGCAUCCAAGGCACAGCUGGAUCGCAUCGACGAGUGGGCGGGAGGUCGGGCAGGCGGGCGAUGGAGGCUGCUCGUCAGCCCCUCUGCUCGACCCGGCUGCCGACGUAGCUCGGGCUUCGACAGCCGGCUGAGAGGAGACCUCGCCGCCGUCGCCGCCGCUUUCUGGCGCCUGCCGGAGCCUGGAGGAAUCUCAGCAUUUGGGAGGGAGCUGGUUAACUGCAACUUGGUCAAGGAUUUGUCGUCUUUUGCUUCGGAAAGGCCAGGCAAAACGGGCUUGUUCUUUUGGACCUCAAUCCUGAUGAGUACCUGCGUCUGCAAUGCACCGCUUCUAGGAGACGACAAACAUGGGUGUGGAGAAUGGAGCUGCCUCCUGCUCAAAAGUAUAAAAACAUAAUGCUGACUGUUGCUGAAAGGCUGGGGAUCCGAACUAGAGAUGAAUCCAGGGCUUUCUGAAUCAGGCCAGCAAGCUGCCCCCCACACCUUAACUAAGGAUCUCCCCAGAUUUCACCUAGUUGAUCCUCAGUUCUUCGGUUCCAAAUAAACUCAUUUCUGGUGGACUCUUAUCCAAAUGUCCUCUGAGAGAGACCUCCCCAGGGAGGCACCUCGGUAACCAGCCAUGGGAAGCGUCUACACGUACUACUUCAACAAGGACAAAAUCUUCCAGCACUACAACUAUACUAAGGAUAAGCUGGAGAAAGAUGAGUCUCCACUGACUCUCAUUGCCACUCUCACCAUUGUGCUCUGCUGCUUCAUUAUCCUGGAGAACCUGCUGGUGCUCAUAUCCGUCUGGAGAAACAAGAAAUUCCACUCUGCCAUGUUCAUCUUCAUUGGCAACUUGGCUUUUUCGGACCUCAUGGCUGGCUCGGCUUUCAUAGCCAACAUCGUGCUCUCAGGCCCAGCCACCUUUCGCCUCACUCCAAUACAGUGGUUUGUGCGAGAAGGCACUGCUUUUACCACCCUGGCCGCUUCGGUCUUCAGCUUGUUAGCCAUUGCGAUUGAACGACACGUGGCUAUCACCAAGAUGAAGGUCUACACUAGUGACAAGAACUGCAGGAUGCUGAUGCUGAUUGGGGCCUGCUGGGUCAUCUCAGCCACCAUUGGGGGGCUACCCAUCCUUGGCUGGAACUGCAUGUCUGAUCUCGAGAAGUGCUCCACUGUUCUGCCCCUUUACUCUAAAAGCUACAUUGUCUUUGUGGUUACCAUUUUCACUGUCAUCCUCUUCUCCAUUGUGGUCCUCUAUGUCCGGAUCUACCGCAUUGUCCGCUCCAGCCAUGCUGAGAUAGCCAGCUCCCAGACAAUGGCCUUGCUCAGGACAGUUACCUGUGUCCUGGGGGCCUUCAUCAUCUGCUGGCUGCCUGCCUUCAUCAUCCUCCUGAUAGACGCUUCAUGUGCUAGGAAGUCUUGUCCUAUCCUUUACCAGUCAAAGUAUUUCUUUGCCUUUGCUACCCUCAAUUCAGCCAUUAACCCCCUCAUUUAUACCCUCCGCAGCAAAGACAUGAGGAAGGAGUUUCUAAGGGUGCUUUGUUGCUGGGGGAUGAUGGGGCAGGGAAAGCCAGCAGAGCGUUGCAUGAUCCCUCUCCGCAGUUCCAGUUCCUUGGAGCGGUGCACUCCAAAACAGGAUCUUCCCACUUUAUCUUUCAUGAAGGAACAUUCCACGUUUGUGUGAAAAGGACACCAAGAAAGGAACUGUGGCGCAGCCAGGCAAUGGCAAAGAAUGGUGGGUGGGAUUGGACCCAAGAAAGCGGUACAAACCUGAUAAAUAUAUUGGUGGUCAAAUCAACCUGCCUUGGACUUACAUGGUGGUAUCCAUUUGUUCACUAAGACCUGCACAGUAUUAUGAUUUUAUGUUAGGAGUGUGUGUGUGAGACAGAGUGAUUGGCUGAUGAAUGGCUGAGUGACAUGAAGUGGGGAGGCCGGGUAGCUGCUGAGCUACCAAGACUCUGAUUUGGUACGAUUCUCCUCUUUUCUAAAAGUUGCCCUUGCCUGUGUAUAGACCCACAAUUUUUUUUUUAACCUGCAUCUCCGAGCCAUUCAUUCUCCUCUUUGCACAAAACAUCCACCUACUCUUCCCUGGAAAGCAACUAGUUGCUUGGAUCAGUUAGGCCAUUUGCAAGCUUAGUUGAUUUAAACCAAUCUUCAAUUUGAGGCACACAAGAUUACAAGGGCUCCUAAUCCCAACCCCUUGAACCCUCUGGGUUACCUGUCUAGAGGUAGUCCUUGACUUACAACCGUUCAUUUGGUUGACUUGACUUGCAACCAUUCAAAGUUACAACAGCACUGGAAAAAAAGUGACUUAUGACCUUUUUUCAGACAACCGUUGCAGCAUCCCCAGAGUCACGGGAUAAAAAUUUGGAUGCUUGACAACUGACUCGUAUUUAUGAUUGUUGUGAUGUACCGGGGUCACGUGAUCACCUUCUGAUAAGCAGAGUCAAUGUGGAAGCCAGAUUCACUUAACAACCAUGUUACUAACUUAACAACUACAGGUAUUCAUUUAAUAUCUGUGGCAAAAAAGGUCAUAAAAUGAAGCAAAAUUCACUUAGCUGUCUUGCUUAGCAACAGAAAUUUUGGACUCAAUUGCAGUCGUAAGUCAAGGACUACCUAUAGUGACUGAAGUUGAAGACAAUCAUAUCUUUAGAAGCACAGAGGGUAUUUUGAUUAUACUUCUGCUGCUGAAAAUAUGAAAUAUCUGGUUCUUUACUUUCUGAGGGGAAUGCAAAGGCUGGUUCCAAAGAUGUAUGUAAGUAUUUUUGGGCACAUGUCUAAUGUCUAUGACAUCACAGAUGCCAAAAUAUAUGUUCUCUUCAUCCUUGCCAAGACACUUUUACCAUUUUUUUAAAAACCAUCAUCUUCCUCUGCUGUAGCCUGAAAGCCAAAAAAGUUUUGAAAUUUGUUUUUUUUUUAAAUGGCAAAGGUUAUACAUAUUGAUUAAAUAAAUGCACAAAAAUGCAUAAUGAGCUUUUGUGGAAAGUGAAGAGAAAUAAUUGCAAAAUUAUCAUAAACCCUACUAAAUUUGUUCUUUCAGUUUUUCAUAUUUUUUCACUGAACAGAAUGCAUUUACAUUCUCCAGGAUAGGAUUCACAUCUGGCUUUAAAAAUGUUUUCAAAAGCAAUAACAAAGCAUUUCUCCACCUUUCAGUAGCCACCCCUUCCCCUUCCUAUCCUGAAGUAGGUUUCCGAUUUCCUUCCUUAGCCUUGUCUUUUUGAAGCUACACUGAGAUAUAAUCAUACGAGCAAUUAAGGGGAUAUUUUUCUGAAAACAUCACAUGCACAAGCAAUCUGGAUCUGUAGGCUUGUGUUCUACACUGCUCCCUUGUAGUAAGUAUGAAUAGACUUAAUGCAUAUUAAGAAAGAGUGGACUUAAAAAAACCAAUGUUUUAAAUGAGAGAGGGGAGAUUUCUGUUUUAUUUUAUUCUUUCACUUAAAAGUUACUGAAAUAAGACUGGCAUUUCCUAGAACACUUGGUGGAAAAAAAAACCCUCAUCAAUGUAUGAUCGCUGUUAUUUUAUGUUUUCAGCAUGGAUGUCAUUAUCAGUGAUGAUGUCAUUUUAUCACUGUUAUGUUAUUAGUCAUUAAUCCUUUUGAUCUUCCUUCAGGAGUCAAAGAAAAAAGUUUUAAUAUGGACAGAUUUUAAUCCAUCUUGCAGAUAGGCAGUUUAGGUACUAUUGACAUGCCCUGGUUUGGCCAGAGAUCUACAGGCAAAUGCCAACUUCUUAAUUUAUUAAGAUGCAGUCCGGAGGAAGUUUGCCUGCAGAAGCAUGAUUGAAAUGAAUGGAAUUUAUACUAUUCAAACAGGAGCACUUAUCUACUCUAAGCCUUUUUUAAAAAAAAAAAAAAUGUGAGGAAGACCAGCUUCUCUCUUUCUAUAAUGCAAUAAAAUUCAGGAACAUUAAAUAUUUAUAACCAAACAAAUACAAAUAAUAAUAAUCAGACCAGCAAUUUUGGAACCACCAUUUUCAUAGGUUUUGACUUUGUCUUGCAGCUCUAUAGGACUACUAGAGGAAAACUUUCUUGAAGCAGGUUUCCCAUUCUCUCUCUAGGGACCUGUUUCCUUUCCAGGAUCAAUACCCUUGUACCACAUUCAGGUAGUCCUUGACUUAAUAACAGUUCAUGUAGUGGCCGUUCAAAGUUACAACAGUACUGAAAAAGUGACUUAUGACAAGUUUUUCACACUUACAACCAUUGCAGCAUCUCCAUGGUCAUGUGAUGAAAAUUCAGGUACUUGGCAACUGACUCAUUUAUCACGGUUGCGGUGUCCAGCGGUCAUUUGUGACCUUCUGACAAGCAAAAUCAAUGGGGAAGCCAGAUUCACUUAACAACCAUAUUACUGACUUAAGAACUGAAGUGAUUCGCUUAACAACUGUGGCAAGAACACUCACAAAAUGGGGCAAAACUCACUUAACAAAAGAAAUUUUGGGCUCAAUUGAGGUUGUAAAUCAAGAACUACAUGUACUGUUUAAGAGGCAUUGACAGGACAUGGGUUCCUAAAAUCUCCCAAAGCUUCUUAAACUGGAAUUGCAUGUAUGCCUACACAAAAAUAAGCCCCAUUGCACUAUAAAUUUAGUUUAACACACUCCCAGUUUGGCAUACAGCUGCCUCAAUGAACUGAGUAAACCAAAGCUCAUAGUAGGACGGUACCUCAGGGAACAAAAGCACUGUUAAGACAUUACAUGCUUAGAGAACAUCUUAUCCAAAGUCCUUGUCAGUUCCUAUGUGCUUUUGGAGAAUGGAGCUCAAAGAAGCCUCAUCUUAAUAUUCUGGACAUCCCUUCUCAGAUUAUGCAGUAGUGGACUAAAUUGAAGAUCGGCAGUUAGCACCUUUAGAAACAAAUAUGGCUGUGUCAUCAGGAUCAAGUCCCCAGGUUCCAGCCCACUGGCAAUAGAGGUAAUCUGAUGGUGGCAACAGGAUUUGCUGGCAAUUCAUGUUGAAACUGUAUGACCAACCCAUGGUUCGUCCCUUUUGAAAGAAAUGGUGAUGUGGAAGACUGACCUAGAGCUGCAUUUGGCAGCAACUUCUAGUUAUUCCCCUGAUCCCCUCCUGCCCCCCCCCCCCCAGGACACUAAUUCCGAGAGAAAAUUUUGCAUCGGAAUAAUCAUCAGCCCUAAGCAUUUGUGUGAAGUUAGGUUUGUGCACAAAUGCAGUCCUAUCUUAAGUAUCCCUGUCCCAACUUGAAAUUCCAGUCUGCCACAGAGGCUUUCUAACUUCUAUCCCAAUGACAACAACAACAAUCGAGCUGUAAUGUGAGAACAAAGAAGUGCUGGGGGGCUUGCAGGGAGUGGAUUUCUGAGGUUGGGGCAUCUCUAAGAGAGAAGCGAUGAAAAGCAGGAAAAGUGGCAAUGCCUUCAAGGAGAAAGCCAGAAGUGGGUGUUUCCUGCUUGCAUAGCUGGUUCCAGCCUGGAACCGUGAUUCACCCAGCAUGAUGUGUAGGAACAUGCCAUAGGAGGGUGAGAGGAGGAUGUUUUUAUGAAUCGGAAUGAGAUGCAGGCGUGGGAAUCAUUUCCCUCCUCGGGCACAGGCAGUGCAGUCCAAAGUUCUAGAGGUAAUUUAAAGAACCUGCCGCCCACACUUUCUUUGCUCCAGAAUACAGCCAUGUUCUGGAGGAGCGAGUUCCUGCAUACACUCAUUUAGCAAUCACAAUUGGGACCAGCAGUUGGUCAAUAAGUGAAGCCAUUGCUAAGUGAGACUGCAAAUAUGUUCAUGAUCUUACUGCAACUUUCCUUUGCAAAGGUCGUAAAUGCAAGAAUUAAUCCUAAUCACCAUUGUAACUGCAAAUGAUUCCUAAACAAGGAGAUGUUACAAACAACAGGUAUAGGAAAGGCAAGGAAAAAUGUGCAGGGGUAGAGUAACAAGAACUAUGAGUUACCUUCCUGUUGCUAUACCUUUAGCAGUUAAGCAAAUUAUAUGAGGAAUUAUUUAAAUAAAGUAGGAUAAUCAGUCCAUCAUUCAUUCAUUCAUUCAUUCUCUCCCCCCCCCCCCAAUAAGUACAUUGUUGGCCUGCCUGCUCUAAAGUAAGUCCCAUUAGGUUCAAUUAGGAUUGAACCAUAAUUCAAUUUAUGUCAAAUCUUGCAAUCUUAAACUAUGAAACCAUGUAUGUUUAUGCUGCUUGUCAUCGUCAUGAAGUAUCACCAUGUUUUUGCUGUAUAUGUAUGUGUGCGUGUAAUUGUUAAUAUGGGAGUGCCAGUUGAUGUGGAUAUGUGACAUAGCCUCUCUGUGAGGUAUUCCUGAUGCCUGUAUUGACAUCAAUAUGCAGUGAUGUAAAUGUCACCCAUAUCUACACUUAGGCUGGUGUCUAAGCCUAUUUGUCUUUAGGUGAAGGGGCAUGGCGUAAUGCCCAUCUUUGGCAAGAAGGAGCUCUGCUGCCCCAUUUCUGUACGCAUGAAGGGAUUCUAUACACCAGAUGUCUGGCUCUCUCUUCCUUUGAUUAGAGUUUGUACUUGCCUUCUCUGUUUCACUCCUUCUGUGUGUUCAAAUCUGGGGUAACACCUUUGGCUGCUUUCCAUCAGAGACUGAUCAGUUCCUCCUUUAUUGGGAGGCAGACCCCUCCCAAGCAACAGACUCCAUUCACUUCUUAUCAAUAACAAUCACGUUUCCAUUGAUUGCAGGUGAUCUUGAAAGGGAAAAUACAAGCAAAAUUGCUUGCUGAUAUUAAUAUUAUCAAGAAUUUAAGGUGACAGAGAACAAGUAUUGCUCAGGCUGUGACCAUUUAAUUCACUGUUAUUUCUGCUGGUAGAUUUUCCAAGGUCUUGUAGGGCUUCCAAAAUCUAUAAAAACUUGUUUUAGUAGAGCAAAAUGGAUGUGUAUGUAUUUGUGUGUUUGUAUACAUCCUCAUAAGUAAUAUUGGUUACCUUAAAUUAUCCAUCCUUUACUAUUAUCUCCAUUCCCAAUCCCUGAUUAGUUGAGUUGCUAUACAUACAUUACAAAUAGAACAAUUUGUGUUUUGUGUAUGUUUUGAACCAAUAUACCAAGAUUUCCUUAUCAUUUGAAUUUUGUACAUUUCUGAAUUACUGUUUUAAAAAUGCACUUUUUCAAAUUUUGUGGUGCCACAAGUUUGUACAUAUUCGUUUAUGCAUAUAUUCAUGAAAAUGAUGUACGCAAAUUUAUCAUAUUAAGAAAGUUUGUUUGCAGAAGCUAUGUAACAUUAGGCAAAAUCAUCAACCAAAUGCAACCAAAAUUGGAUAAAUGUUUACCAUGCUACAUUCAGUUUUUGAUGGAAACUUGGAAAAAAAUCUCCUCAAGUUUGACAAAUCAGACUUGACCAAUCUGCAAAAACCAAGAAUCAGAGCUGACAAAAUUAUAAAAAUCAAGUCUGAGAGAAAAUGAAAUAUUUCCCUAUCUGUUAUAAUCUAUGCCCAAAUUGAAAUAUACCUAUACGUUCAUUCUAUGCUAAA